AUGCCGAGGUUCUCUCAAUACCGAUCUCCUCCAGCUGCGGUCUGCCCCUCACUUCCUUCGUCGACCAUUCGAACGCCUUGGUCCCAGCUGUGUAGCGUCUUGGCUUCUGCGUCAAUGUUCGGUAUCCACCGCAAAGUGAAGACGGGCAUGGCAUGUAACAUGACUUGCGCAACUUCAGAGUUCCGAAAAAUAGGGAUUGCAGUACGAAACAGGGUGGACUUUCGUCAGGCAAACAAGACUUCCGCCUGGCCGAUUGUCAGCGUGAUGCACAGCGCGAACUCGUCCUUUGGACAUGAGGCCGUGGAAAAGACUGCUGCUGCGUGUGCCCGUGGCGAUGACGCCGGCGAUAGACUGCUAGCUAAUAUUCCCCAGACUCAGCAUGGCCGGGCCGGCGCACUCCAGCUCAUCACAGAUGGCGUACAGGCAGAUGCUACUCUGGACGACGGGCAGACCUGUUGA